UGUAGAAAACCGGGUCCGCCAUUGUUAGAAGUCGGCUGUUUUAUGGCCGUGCCUUUGCCCAAAUCGUUAAAAAAUUCGCGGAAAAAGCCUCCACCGUUUGAAUAAGGAGUGUUUAUAAUGAUUUGAGGCCCCCCGGAGUCGAACCGGCCGUCCCAACGCCAUCACGGUGUGCCAAAAGUUGAACAGUCAACGUUGUAACAGUGUGUUAUUUUCCAAACAUCGAUUCAGGCUUUCGAAAUUGUGCGGUUCCCUAAUUGCCCCCAAUAAUCACUUGAGGACCCCGACACAAAACGUCAUAAAUUCCUUUCUGUGUGCCGCGUCCACGACAAAGUGGUCAAGAGGGGCGAUCCGACCCAAACACUCGCAAGAAUCCAUAAAUUGUGAUUUAUUAAUUAUUAAUUAUUGUGACAGCUACGAGCUCGGGCCGUGUUGGGCGCCCCAAAACGCCCAGAUUUUUACAAAAGGAUCCAUCGCCCGGGAUACAGAUCGUUUAAUUUUACUCAACUAGGAUUUAUGUUUAUAUCAAAAUACGAUUGAUCGCUACUAUGCCACCAGACUGAGACAGAACUCUCAUUCGUGCAUCUGUCAAAAUGUCGGGAGGUCCUCCCCAUCAUCCCCACAGUAGGCAACCGCCUCCAUCGAAUGCUGCGUGGAAUCACCUACAAGUACCAAAUUAUUUCCCGACGAGACAACCUCAACACGCUCACAUGUCCAACGAACAUUCCCUUCUCCACCAGCCGACGUGGCACACUCCCACAACGGAGCCGAUGAAAACCAUGCCACACUCGCACAUCUUCAGCCUCGAACAGAUGCUAUCGGAGAGACAGUUCCCGCGCCACGCCCCCGGAGUAGACCUAUCCGUCACGCGAAACGGCAGCCAAAACGGCGAAAUACUCACGAGUCCCAUAAGUUUAAGUGUGCGCGAUACCAAUAAAAUAAACAGUUUGCCCGUCAGUGCGCUCGACAUCCAACCCGUGGAAGUGGGCCCCGCCGCGAUCAAGCCCGUUAGCCCGGGCCUGAAGUCGAUCAGCCCGGGCCUGAGCUCCGACGCGAAGAAGCGCUCGAGUAAACGCGUCGAUUCGAUCCUGGAAAGACUCAACCCGAAUCUCGAAAAACCGACCGAAAGCGAAAAGGACAGUGACGAGAAACCGGCCAAUCGGAGUGUGAUCGUGCAAGCCGCGAGUUCGCAAGACGAAAACAGUAACUCUAGCAGUAUCCUCAACGUACCUACUCCUACUAACGUUAGAGACGACGAUGUCGUCUCGCCUUACAGCAACGAGGACAGCUUGGACAGCAACAAGUCGCGAAGGAAAAGAAAACCGAGCAAAACGGUGCGCGUUCCCAAGGAGGAGGAGAAGAUCAUCUUGCCGGACCAAAGCAGCAACCAGCCGGAGAUUAAGAAGGACGACAAUAAAUCAAACGCGGAGGUUAGCGAAGAGAAGAAGAUACCCGAAAGGCGAAGAUCGUUGGAUGAUGCUGUGGAAGAGGUGCCGGCGAAAACUCGAAGGAAAACGUCGUCGGAGUCUGAAACUAUAGAUAACAUAGCAGCUAUGGUGCAGGAGGGGUUGAAGACGAAGCCCACUGAAAUCUUGACGGUUCCCGAAGAAAAGCCAGACUCGAAACCGAUUUCGGUUAGUGUUAUCAAGACGAAGGAGAACCUGCAAGAGACUCUUACGAGUGAAACUAGCGAUUUGAGUAACAGUUCGAAUAACGUGACGACUACAGCCCAAAAGAAAAUGAGCAACACACAAUUUGUUGAAGUCGAAAACAAGUUGGAGGAGAUGUUUGCGGGCAUCGAGGAUUCGAGCGAUCCUCUCAAAAUCGAUACCGAGGGAAAAAUGGAGGAUUUAUCUAAAUUAGAAGAUAACCCUGCAUCGACGAGCCAAGACAACGUCACGUCAACGUCAAACGAUCUGACCGUAGUCAAAAAAUCGCCGAAGAAAGGCAAAAGGAAGCAGCGGAGGACACAGUCUAGACGAAACAGCGAUAUCUCGACCGAAUCCACGCCGAAGAAAAAGGCAGCGAAAAAAGCGGGCAAGGCCGCUCUAAAAUCGUCGAAACUAAAAAAGAACUCAAAAAUCGAAGCGAUGAAGGACGUUUACGCUUACGACUCGGGAAGUAAUGCCAGUUCGAGUAAAUCUCGCGGUCCCUUCAUCCAAAUCAGAGGCCCUAGAGACUCGCCGCUAUCGGUUAGUGUUAUAAACACACCGACUAACGACGACGAUCCCGACAAGAAGACGCACAAAACGAAGAAGUUCCACGACGACAGCGAGUACAGGCAUAAAGUCCGGACUAAAGGCCUUCAUUGCAGUACCUUGAGUAACCAGUACGACGCUCAAACGAAAGACGCUUCGUGGAUUUGUGCGUUUUGCAAAAGGGGACCUCAUGCCACGGAACUGACAGGGCCGACGAUCAACAACAGCGUGCCGGCUCCCGGAGACCUCUUCGGUCCGUACUUCAUCACGACGAACUCGCCCGAAUUCGAACGUCGCCUGGACGACCCCUACGAUAAACAGUUUAAAAGUAAGAAAAUCGCGAGGACUCUCGACAGUAACGCCGUUAACGUCGUCAAAGUUACCGGGAAGAAGAAGCGAAAACAUUCGCUGGACUUGAAAGGGGACGAGGAGGUUUAUUUGGGUAUUACGGACACAGGAAACGGUACUUUCGAGAUCUGGGCGCACGAGGAUUGUAUCGUCUGGUCGGCGGGGGUGUACUUGGUGGGGCCGAAAAUCGUGGGCCUGGAAGAGGCGGUGUGGACUAGUUGUAACGUGAUUUGCGCCAAGUGUCAUAUCAAGGGGGCUAAUAUAUGCUGUCUGAAAAGGGGGUGCAUGAACGUAACGCACGUGUGCUGUGCACAGUUCAAUAACUGGCAGUUUGAUGAAGAGAACUACAAGACUUACUGUCCUGAACACAGGGUUCUGUAACAUACCAUUUGUGAUCUAUUUUAUAUGGGUUAGUUUGACUUUUUUACUUUUCGAUUUUUCUCUCUUUAUAUAGUUGCUAUUUUGUAAAAUUGGACACAUGACAUUUUACAGUGGUCACGUUGGUAUUAUUAAAACAGGUGCUAGUUGUUCAAAGAACGGCCUAGAGAUUUUAUUUAUUGACCGAUCUUCACUGGAAAAUUUAUAAUAGGACUUGUUUCAUCGUGAAAACUAUCGUAUGUGUAAGAUAUUAGGUACUCGUAUAGAUUUUCCAGUAUUGUAUUUUUUUCAUUUUACUUUUUAUAAUUAUUUUUAUAUCAUGGCGAUUGGACGUAAUUACAAAAUAGCAAUGAACUUUACUUAAAUUCAAUUUGUACCUAUUAAUUGUAUAAAAAUGGAUGUUCCAUUAGAAAGAUUUGAUUUCAUGAGUUCUAUUUAGUAACUAGUUGUUUAUAGAACGAUAGUAUAAAUGAAAGGAAAAUGUAAAAUAUGUCUUAAAAUACGCUUAUUUUUUGUAAAAAAUGAAAAAUUUUAAAAAUACUCUCAUUUUUAAAUGUAUACCCUGUAUCACGUUAAUCGUAGUAAUAAUUAAAUACCGAAAAGUGUACAUUAUGUAAAUAGCAAAAUUUAUGUUUUGGGCAAAAGUAUUUAAUAAAAUUAAUUAAACAUUCUCUUUUUGAAAAUUAUUACGUGUGAUAAAGUAGUGUUUUUUGUACAAAACUAAAAUUGGAAUUAAAAGUGCCGCUAGGCGCAUGCGUCGACCCUUGUCAGAAGCACAUUACAACUAAAUAACGUUAAUUUUAAUGACAAACGUAUUAUACACGAAUAAAUUUUGGAAUUUAUAAUAUGCGGUACACACGGAAACGUUGCAAUCUAAUUUUAUUAGUUUGAAAGUGUUGAUUAUAGUUCGAAGACAGAUUUAUUAAUCAUCAUCAAGAAAAAUCAUAGCUACAGACUUUUCAGGUUAAGGAAGAAGUUUACAAGAACUUGCGAGGAACAGAAAAAAGAGAAGUAGUAACACGAGUAUGAUCUUUUAAUAAAUAAUGCUUAAUUGUUUUCUAUGCCUUUGAAUUACAUCUUGCAUAACUAUUUUUAUCUACCCCAUCUAGAAAUAGAGGGAGUUUUUUUUCUGCUUCAAUUAAAAUGCUUAGUUGUCACGACACGGUAUAAUUUUGAAAGCUAAAAUUUACACAAUUAACAUCUUUUGUAAAGCUAUAUAUGUAUCAGAAGCUCUUUUAAAAAUUUAAAGCUAUACUGUGUUGAUAAUAUAGUAAUAAACAAGUGAAGAGAGUAUCACUGUUAUUUACUAUAAACCUUUGGCGUCUUAUUUAGUGCAAUUAUAAAAAUAAAUGGUCAAAAAUAUGUGUUAAGGUACCGUUUAAGUAUCUGCCUGCUCGCAAGAAUAUUGUCUUGAUUUCGUGUGAUACUUUGCGUUCUAAAAAACCAAAAUUAAUGUGUUUUUGUGAUGUUAUUAUGCCGUGUAUUUAGAACCGCAUUUCUUGGGAGACUUUAAACACAAUAGAAGUGCAAUAUCACCACAAAUAGAUAUUCUGUUGAAAGAACCAACAUACUUAUUUAAGAUAUUACGGUUUUUGACAAAUGAUUAUUUGCAAUAGACACCCUUACUUUUCAACAAAUAGGUAGAAUUAAGAGUCAUGUGAUGACGUUCUUUUUAUUGCUAGUGGUAUAAACUAAUUUUAGAUAAGUAUAAAACUCGGGAAUCAAUAUAGUAUAG